UGGUUAUGCAACUUCUCAUGUAGGUAUUGUCUACGAUGAACUCAGCUUGCUCUGCUCAUCGUCAUCAGUGCUUGUUUCGUCGAGUUUAAUUUAGUUAGAUAGAGUUUUUCAAAAAGAUAAGUGAUAACAGAGACCAGAGUGAUGUGUUCGAAUUUUAACGACAUUAUGUAACUUUGACUAAUAGCUGCAUGCUUAAUUUGAUCGUGCUUUUUUUUUUACCAUCGUUCUGUGAAGUGUAGGAUUACGAACUGUUGCAGUGUAUUUCGAAUUAUAGCUUUAAAAAGCGUGAAUUUCGACAUCGUGUUGUUUCUAUUUUCCUGUAAGUAUAUUCUGAUCCGGCCAUCGAUCGAUAGCGAUAUUAUUUACGUAAAAAUGAACGACGAUUCGCCGAUGAAAUUACAAUGUUUGGCUGCCAAAUCGAUAUGCGUCCGUCUGCUACACGAAUGGGCCGAAGGCGAAAUACCCGUAAUCAAUGUUUGGAGACGAGCUCAGGGCUACGGUACCGACCACUGCGAGGAUCACGACUGGUUCCUGUGGCAGUUGAGCGAAAUGCAAGUACCUCGAUUCGCGCAUAUAUCCGAUGAAAUUCAAUACCAAAUCGAAGACAACAUGGUAACGAUUUUAGAAACAGCCCAGACGUGGAUUCAGACCCAUCACAGGUGUAAUAAUUUCUUCCACGAUCAACCAUCGUCUUCGUUGAACGAAUACAUCGUGAAGCUGGUUUGGAACCAGAAUUUUAAAAUCGACUACGCCGCCACUGCGAAAAAUAUCCUAACCAAUGAAAAGCUGAGCCUGUUGGAGAGGUUCAGAUUCGCCAGUGUUUAUUGCAUCGUCGAUGAAAUCGAAAAAUUUCGCAACACGAUCGGUUCGAUACCGGAAUUUGAUUUUACGAUGGAUCCGUUCGUAGCGUAUUGGAGCAAGCAUUUGAGAAACAAGUUACGUACGAUACCGGUACCGAAGAAUUCCUCGAUCGAAAUGUUGCUUUUUAAUACUUCGUUGGAACGUGGCUUGUGGCCUACUGUUAAGUACUUCUUCGAUAAAUUAGACUCGCCGAAGAAAACCUCGAAAUUCGAAAGUAUCCUCGAAAGGUUCGGUGAAGCGUACCCGAACGAUUUCUCAGCCGGAUUAGCGAAUAAAAAAUGGAAUCCGUUGUGUUGUUUCGCCAGUUCGAAAAUCAUCGCCAGAAUCGUCCGGUACGGUACUCCGGAGCAAGUACGAAUCGUUUGGAAACUGUUCGAGAGUAAAAUGAAUUCGAAGAAUUUCUGCGGCAUUCUCGAAACGCUGGUACCGUUAUCGAUGCGAAACGCUGGCGAUUUCGAAAAAUGGACCCCGUUGUUGAUGGAGAUGUGGACCAGCGCCAGUGGCAGAUUCAAUCAAUCGGCCAUCGAUAUGAAACUGUGGCAGAGUAUCGGUGAUAAAUUCUGCGAUCUUGUUCGAGACGAAAGUAUACUCGAGUUUAGUGCACGUCGCCUGAUUAGCGAUCCGAUGAAAUUCAUCAGAAUUGUGUUGAAAAGCAUGCCCGCCGGAAAGAGAAUAGUAUUUUUCGAGAAGAAUAUCUGUUGGCUGCUCCUGUGGGCGCCGUUUGCUGCGCUGGAUGAAUUGAUGCGUGAUGUUCUGGAAUGUUACAGUCGCGAUUUUCUCGAGUUGAGAAAACUCGUCGCCAGUGCAGAUGAUGUCAAAAUGCGAUGCUUGUUACGUUCGUUGCUGGCAUAUGGUGAAUAUGACGAAAUCGAUGCAGUAGUAUCAUUUUAUGUGUUUAGUAUCGAUGGCUAUGUCAGCGUUUUCAUCCGGAAUGGCGGCUUCAAAUUCCAAAAUGAUCCGAAGUUAUAUACGUGGCAGUUUCUAAUGUCUCAGUACGUCGUUAUUAAUUCGAUGUGUGUGCAUGUUUAUCGCGAUGAUUGGAGGGAAUUGUACAAGUACUUGAAGGAUAACGAUGCAUGGCCAUAUGGCGAUAAGGCCAAAGAGACGAUGAAAACGGUGUUGAGCCCCACAUAUUGUGCUCGAAAAAUCGAACGAGGCGACGAGAUGAACGACUUGAAAGAAUUCGUCAACGCAGUGUAUUCGAAUACCGAACCCCAACUCGAACGCGCUAUCAACGCUCAAGUGAAAUUGUUGAAAAAACGGUUCGAAAGUGUCGUGUUGACCGCUUUAUUCGAUUACACAAACUACGGCAAAAAAGUAACUUUCGAUCGAGCUGCAUUGCAGGAGUUCUUGGUGUGGAUUUACGACGGUGACGAAAAAUUAAUCGCUGAAAACUUCAAGCAGCCGAGCCUGUUUCCGAAGGGAUUUUUGGUUCAGUUGAAAGGAUGCGUUGCCGAAGGUUCCUUCCAAGUUACCGAGUCGAUGAAUGAGUUUUUGAAAUGGUGUUUUGCAACCGAAGAAGAAAGGCGACAGUUUAAACGUAAAAUGAUAUACGAUUGCGGACAGUAUAGAUUGAUCGAAGGUCUGUUGAUGCGCCGAAAGUAUCGUCCAAGGAUGCUGAUGUGGUUUUUCGACGAAGAUACCAGUUUGAUUGAAAAAUUUACGGCUGAUUUUGGUCCUAAUCCGAUUCACGGGUAUUAUAUUAGCGAUGAAAGUGGCGACGAUAGUGACGAAGAAGACGUGGAGUUCUAUGUAAACGAUUUUAAGGCUAGGAUUCAAUAUUAUAGCGUUCGAAGUAAUCUCCUCGAAAUGAGCGACAGCGAUGAAUAAAGAAAUUCAGAUUCUCGAAUAAUGUUUUCGUAAAUGCAGAAUCUAUUUUUUUCGAAUAUUUUUUCUGUUUGUUCAUUAUUAUUUUUGUUUUUAAAUAUCGAAUAAUUGCAAAUUGUUCUCGAAUAAGUCGUAUUUGUUUGUUUAUUUUUGAAUUUUUUUUUUUCUAAUUGAAAGUUUAAUAAUUAUAAGUUGGUAAGUACCUUGAGUAGGCGAUGAUGCUUCAUAAUCGUACAAUGCAUUUUUGUUUGAAUUUUGUUUUUUAAUAGGUUAAUAUUAUAUUGGUUUCGUUUGUAGUAGUACAGGUAAUUACGAUUUUUUUCUUUAGUUAGAAAUAUUAUUGUAACCAAUAAAAUUUGGAAUUGA